CUUUGAUAAAAUGCAAUUAGUCUUAAAAGUGUUAGUGAUUAUAAUAGUGUGACAUAUUUAAGCUGGCUUAAUCAACACAAAAUUAAAAGGACGCAAUAGGGGUUAACUGGCUGAUUUACUUGCAAUCGCUCUUCCCAGGUUAUUAUAAGUUGAAUACUGCACCAAUCAAGAAAAUUUGCAGAGGGAAGAAAUGUUUUUUAACGUGAUGGACGCCCAGCAGUUCCGGGAGUUCGCAAAGGCGACCGUUGAUUACAUAGCCGAUUAUAUGGAAACACUUAGAGACAGGCCUGUUCUUCCUGGUAUAUCUCCAGGCUACUUGCACCAUCUCUUACCGAGCGAGGCUCCUGAAUCCAGCGAAGAUUGGCAUGAUAUUCUGAAAGAUAUGGAUCGAGUAAUUAUGCCUGGUGUCACCCAUUGGGCUUCUCCUCAAUUUCAUGCCUAUUAUCCAACAGCCAAUUCAUAUCCUGCAAUUGUUGGAGAAAUGCUGUCUGCAGGACUUGGGUCAAUCGGAUUUAGUUGGAUUUCAAGUCCUGCGUGUACUGAACUUGAAGUAGUGAUGAUGAACUGGUUGGGAAAACUACUUGGGUUGCCCGAAGAAUUUCUAAAUUGCUCUGAGGGCAGAGGAGGUGGUGUAAUACAAGGGUCAGCCAGUGAAGCCACCCUGGUGGGUUUACUAGCUGCACGUGAGCACAUGGUUCGUUCUAUGAAAGCCAAUGGUUCCACCUUGUCUGAAGGCGAAAUUCGUGCUAAAUUGGUGUCUUAUAGUUCGGAUCAAUCGAAUUCCUCUGUAGAAAAAGCCGGUUUACUAUCCGCAGUACCCAUGAGACUUUUACCAGCCGAUGACCAAUGCAUAUUAAGAGGGCAUACUUUAGAAGAAGCAAUUAAGGAAGAUAAAGCCAAGGGAUUAAUUCCUUGUUUUCUGGUAGCUACACUUGGAACAACAGGAACAUGUGCAUUUGAUGCAUUAGAAGAACUAGGACCAGUCUGCAAACGCGAAGGAAUUUGGAUGCACAUAGAUGCUGCAUAUGCAGGUACAGCUUUUGCGUGCCCUGAAUAUCGCCACUUAAUGAAAGGCAUAGAAUAUGCUGAAUCCUUUAAUUUCAAUCCUCACAAAUGGAUGAUGGUUAAUUUCGAUUGUUCAGCUAUGUGGUUACGAGAUUCAGACUUGCUAGUAGAUGCAUUCAAUGUCGAUAGAAUUUAUCUAAAACAUGAACAUCAAGAUCAUGCACCAGAUUACAGACAUUGGCAAAUACCAUUAGGAAGACGUUUCAGGGCUCUCAAAAUCUGGACAGUUUUGCGUUGUUAUGGUGUAGAAGGUAUAAGAAACCAUGUCCGCAACCAGAUUGGAUUGGCACAGCAAUUUGCAAAUUUGGUCAAAAGUGACGAUCGAUUCGAAUUACCUUUAGAACCAAGCAUGGGUUUAGUUUGUUUCCGAUUACGCGGUUCAUGUGAACUUACAAAAAAAUUGCAUGAAGUCCUCAUGAAACGCAGAAAAAUUUAUAUGGUAACAUGUAAAUACCAAGGUUUGAUGAUUUUACGCUUUGUGAUUUGUUCGAGAAUGUGUGAAAAACGUGAUAUUUACUUUUGCUUGGGAAGAAAUUGUACAAGUUACUAA